AUGCAAUUAAUCAAAUCGUUUUUUGAAGAUUUACCAAAUGAAAUUUUAUAUGAAAUAUUUGAAUAUCUUGAUUUAUACCAUGUUUAUGAUGUGUUUUUCGAUCUCAAUCAACGAUUUCAAACUUUAUUUCUUAAUUCAACCAUUCCAAUAAAAAUUAACAUUCCAACUGUAUUUAAAUCAAAUGUUGAAGGUUAUUAUGAAAAAAUGAUUAUUCGAAAUAAACAUCGAAUUAAUAUUCUUCGUUUAUUAAAUCCAUUUAUUGUUGAUAUUAUAUUUUCAACACCUCAUAUUAUUUCAAAAUUUAUCCGUCUUGAAAUACUAAUACUUGAUAAUAUUCAUACAAAAAAGGGACGUGAAAUGGUUGCUGAUAUUCAACUGCAACAACGAGCUAUAGCUUGUCCAGAAAUUUCUAUUGAGUUUAGUGCAUCAUUUCACUUGAUUACACAAGCUCAAUAUGGUACUAUGGAGUGUAAUGAUAAUGUUAGUGAUGGCGAUAUAAAUAAUGCGAUUCAAUCUGAAUCUAGACGAUUUCUAUCCUAA